AUGGAUAGAUCUACCAGAAGCACUAUACUAUUUCUUUUUUGGUUCAUUUUUAUUGCUCUUCAAAUUCUCCCAACCAUUGGAGAAGGAGGACAACACUAUGCCCAAAACCAGGAGGAGAAACCCUCUAUUGCAAAGAUAGUGACAGAUGCAAUUUCUAUAAUGAAAGAGUCCCAUGAAAGUUCUUGGAACAAAAUCAAAGCUAUUAUAAAACAAGUGCACUUGCAAAUUUCCCCUCCAAAUCUUGAUUUCAGGGGCAAGGAUGAAGCCAAUCCUGAGGAUAGCAACGCCGGAGGAAAGAUGAAAGAGGCGGCUGAAAAUAGUUUUGGAACAAGCAAACAUACCGUGGAAGAAUCUGCUAAAUCGGCAGCUAAAGUAGUGGGAGAGGCGAUGCACAAGAAGAAAGAGAAGGUGAAGGAGAGUCUUACAUCUGAUAAAGAUGAGUCUGAUGCAGAGCUUUAA